AUGGAUGGAACCAAUGAAAGCACCCAGGGAAAUUUCAUCCUUUUGGGAUUUUCUGAUCGGCCCCAUCUGGAGAGAAUCCUCUUUGUGGUUAUCUUGAUCGCAUAUCUCCUGACCCUUGUGGGCAACACCACCAUCAUCCUGGUGUCUCGGCUGGACCCUCACCUCCACACUCCCAUGUACUUCUUCCUCACCCAUCUCUCUUUCCUGGACCUUAGUUUCACCACCAGCUCCAUCCCUCAGCUUCUGUACAACCUAAAUGGAUGUGACAAGACCAUCAGCUACACAGGCUGUGCCAUCCAGCUCUUCCUAUUCCUGGGUCUGGGUGGUGUGGAAUGUCUGCUCCUGGCAGUCAUGGCGUAUGACCGGUUUGUUGCAGUCUGCAAGCCCCUGCAUUACAUGGUGAUCAUGAAUCCCCGGCUUUGCCUAGGCUUGGUGUUGAUAGCCUGGGGCUGUGGGGUGGCCAACUCUUUGAUCAUGUCUCCAAUGACCCUGUGGUUACCCCGCUGUGGGUACCAGAAGGUAGACCACUUCUUGUGUGAGAUGCCUGCCCUAAUUCGGAUGGCCUGUGUCAAUACAGCUGCCAUUGAAGGCAUUGCCUUUAUUCUUGCAAUAGGCAUUGUGCUGUCACCCUUGGUGUUUAUCCUGAUCUCCUAUGGCUGCAUCGUGAGGGCUGUACUAAGCAUUCAGUCAUCCUCCGGGAGGCACAAGGCCUUCAACACCUGCGGCUCCCAUCUCACAGUGGUCUCACUUUUCUAUGGAAAUAUUAUUUACAUGUACAUGCAACCAGGAGCCAGCUCCUCCAAGGACCAAGGCAAGUUCCUCACCCUCUUCUACAACAUUGUCACCCCACUCCUAAAUCCCCUGAUCUACACCCUCAGAAACAAAGAGGUGAAGGGGGCAUUGAGGAGAUUGAUUUUGGUACCUAGUGAGAUAUUUCAGCUGCAUUUGAUCAUGAAAAGGGAGACCUGUAGCAAUAGGAGAAGGGAUGUCAAGUUCAAACUUCCUAAGCCUGUUGAUAUGAUAGAUUACAUUGAAGUUGAACUAGUCUUACAUCGAUUGGAUAAAUCUCACUUGGCUGUAGAUGAGGGGAUUGAGCAAGGGCGUGAGGAUGGUGUAGAAGAUAGAGACCACUUUGUCCUGUUCAGCAGUGUGAUAGGCUUUGGGGAGAAAAUAUAUGAUGAUGGCAGUUCCAUAGAAGAGAAUCACCACAAUCAUAUGGGAAGAACAAGUUGA